GGGUCCUGUCUACAACUGAACUGUUUCCAAGCGAGAAAAAACAGAUUUAACAGACACACCUUCAUAAAAGGAGAGGUGAACUGAUGUCUUUCCUUCUGAGGUUGAUCUGAAGUCACUUACCAUAGAAAAGUAUCGUUCAGGAAUCAGGACUGAUUUUGAGGUCUGGACCAGGCAGACAUACCAGAGGGACUGUCCCGUGUGCGGAGCAUUAUGGCAGAGCCGGACUAUAUGGACAGUGAUGGCGAUGACCUCAUUAAGCCCAAGAAACUCCUCAACCCGGUGAAGUCCUCCAGAAACCACCAGGACCUACACAGAGAGCUCCUUAUGAACCAGAAAAGGGGCCUCGCGCCGCAGAAUAAACCAGAACUCCAGAAAGUGAUGGAGAAGAGGAAGAGAGACCAGGUGCUUAAGGCUCAGAAAGAGGAGCAGGAGGCACACCAGAAAAGGACGGACCUUGAGAUCGAGCUCAUGAAGAGACGAGAGACGCUCGAACAGCUGGAACUGGAUCAACAUAAGAAUGAAGAGGAGCAAGAAAACACCCCAGAGUUUGUCAAAAUGAAAAGCAAUCUGAGAAGAACCAAACAGGAAGUGGACGGGCAGGAGCGUGCCACCUAGAAACAGUUUCCAUGGCACAUUUGUUGACAUGGCAGCUGGACUGAGGUUUAUGGGGGUUUCCUGGUGUUCCUCCCCCAUGUGUCCCUGUGAAACAAGUGACUAGACGAACUGUUCCUGUUGCCUGCUCGCAGACGCAACCAGUAUUCACGCAGCCUCUUUUCCUGAACAACAAUAACAAAUAAAGAGGAAUGGAGAAUAAACAACAAACAAACAAACACACACACACACAAACACACACACACAAACACACACACACACACACACAAACUCUUGCACAUGGGCGCAGCCUCUUUGCCACUGGUUGACCGGCUUCAAAGAACAUGCAUGGCGGAACAAACAAAGACCACAUAAUUACUUUGAUGUUGGGUAUUUUUUUUUUGGGAGGGGGGCACAUAUUUUACUGUUUUAUUUUCAAAACCUAAAAUGGGACACUGGAUGGACUCUUUUAAGCCAAAACAAUCCUCUUUUAUUUAUGUUCAGCAUAAGCUUUUGUUCAAAAGGGCUUCUCAAGACAUUUUCUUCAUGGUUGAUGAUUAAAAAAGAAAGGAAUAUAAAGUUACAACAAUGCAAAUUGUGAUGCAUCAUGCUUGCUUUUUAUGAAUUGUAAUAUUUGUGCGCUCCCUUUGCUAAAUUUUAUAAGCAAUACUAGUUCUAGUUUUGUGAGUUUUCUUUGCAAAUAUUUUUGUUAUAUCUUUUUUAAUGAAUACAUUACUAAUAAGUUAAUACACUUUAGUUCAAUGUGAUAUUAAACGCAAGCGCAUGUGUUUUUUUCCACUUGAAUGCUAGUUGCAAGAUAAGAUGAGAUGUUUAUUAAAGAAGAAAGACACAUGGUUUUGUGUAGAUUUGAGCCAAUAAAUAACCACUCCUUGUGUUCCCUUAAAACCUUAUUUUAAUAAAUAUUAUUUUAUCAUGUUGAA